GUUUGUCUCUUUUGUAUUUUCGCAGGUUUGAAUUUGCUUUGCCGAAGACUGAGCCUUCGAAGGACUUCAAACAGCUCUUCUCCAUUCCAUUUUUUUCCCUUCGAGUAAUGGACAUUUGAUUACUAUUUUUGCCUCCAGUUGGUCCAGAAGAAAAUGCUAGCGUUUAGCUAGCACAGCCCAGUCCAUAAGAAGUCUCUGAUGAUCAUUAAAACCAUGAAGGUUGACGACAUAUAAAUGAGUUAUGAGCUAUAAGUGCUUGAAAAAGUACAGCAUAAUAUAGCCGAGACGCUGAGGAUCUAUAGUAUCAAUAACAUGGUGGUGGAACCUGUUGACCCCAAGGAGAUUUUGGAAGGGGUGGAGUCCCUGCUGGGGAAGGAUGGAGAGCUCCGCAGUCUGGAGGGAGUUCCCAAGGUGUUCAGCUUGAUGAAAGCCUCUACCAAGAUGGCCAGCAGGUGUAUGUAUCUCAACGUGCUUCUGCAGACGAAAUCUCACGAUGUUCUCAACAGGUUCAUCCAAGUCGGAGGCUACCGGCUGCUCAACUCCUGGCUCACGUAUUCCAAAAGCACAAACAACACCCCGCUGCUGCAGCUCAUCCUGCUCACCCUGCAGAAGCUGCCUCUCAAAGUGGACCACCUCAAGCAGAACAACACAGCCAAGCUGGUGAAGCAGCUGAGUAAAAGCGCAGACACUGAAGAGCUGAGGAAGCUGGCAGGCGUCCUGGUGGAAGGCUGGAUGGCCACCAUCCGCUCCCAAAGCGCCUCCAGCAGCAGCAGCAGCUCCCCUGCUGAUAAAAAGAGGAAAAAAGAAGAGAGCAAGACGCUGGUGAGGGACGUGAAGGAAAAGAGCGGCGAUGAGGGGAGGAAGAAGGAGAAAUCUAAAGCUCACGCUCCCAGCCACGCUAAGAUCCGCUCCAUUGGGCUGGAAAUGGAGGCUUCCAACCCGGCCCCUCCUAAGAAGGCGACCCCUGCCCCUCAGCUGGGGGAGAAAUACAUCAUAAAGCCUCCGCUGCUGAAGAGGCCGAGUGGCUCCGGCCCCUCAGACGCUCCGCCUCCGGAGAAAAAGUACAAACCACUAAAUACUCCCUCAAACUCCACCAAAGAGAUCAAAGUCAAGAUCAUUCCAGCCCAACCGAUGGAAGCUACCGGCUUCCUGGAUGCCCUGAACUCGGCGCCGAUCCCGGAGAGGAUCAAGAAGAAGAAACCACCAGGAGCUUCUGUUCCUGCGAACUCCAAAGCCGUCUCACCGACGUCAGCCAAGGGGAACCCGUUCGAUAGUAAACCAGCUGGGUACUCCCCGUCUGCAGCCAGACCGCCUUCGCCGGAGGCUGCUGCUUCGUCUGCUCCUGCUGAUGAAAACCAGGAACCAGAGCAACCUCUGACCCCGGUUCCUGCUGAGGACCCCGAAGCCUCUGAAAACACGGAGAAGCCCAACGCUUUGGCAGAACCACGGCCAGAAGAAGAAGGUCUGACCAAGAAGGGCAAGAAGAAGAAGACGGUCCACUGGGCCGAGGAGGAGCAGCUCAAACACUAUUUCUACUUCGAUUUGGAUGAGACGGAAAGAGUCAACGUCAAUAAGAUCAAAGAUUUCGGCGAGGCGGCGAAGAGGGAGCUGAUGAUGGACAGACAAACCUUUGAGAUGGCUCGCCGGCUUUCCCACGACGCCAUGGAGGAGCGGGUCCCCUGGACCCAGCCGAGGCCCCUGACUCUGGCGGGCAGUCUUGUGACGCCGGGGGCCAACAGCACAGAGAAGCACACCCAGAGGGAGCGGGAGAUGGGCAUCCUGCAGGAGAUCUUCCUCAGUAAGGAGAGCGUACCAGACAGUCCUCAUGAGCCGGACCCAGAGCCAUAUGAACCAAUGCCCCCCCGCCUCAUCCCCCUGGACGAGGACUCUUCUAUGGAGGAUGACGGCUACGGCGAGCCUAUGGACACGUCGUCCCAUCAGGCCCAGACGGAGAGCUCCAAGCUGCCGCCGGUUCUGGCCAACCUCAUGAACCUGAACAGCAACGCCCGCAGCCCUCAGGCCACCAGCGCCGUCCAAAACCCCGCAGCGCCGGUGGUGAAUGUCCAGGAGCUCCUGACGUCCAUCAUGGGAGCGUCUGGCAGCCAGUCCACAGAGGAGCUGAUCAAGCAGCCCGACUUCUCCGAUAAGAUAAAGCAGCUGCUGGGGUCUCUGCAGCAGAACCAGAUCCAGAACCAGAGCGGACCCCCUCCAGUCAACCAGGGGCUUCUGGGCCACGGGCCGGGCGUCAACAACAUGAACAACAUGCACAUGCCGAUGCCCAUGAACGGCGGCUACCCACCCAACAGCUCGCAGGGGGGGCCUCACUUCAACCACCCCCCACCCCCUCACAACCACGGCCCGCCUUUCAACAACGCCGGAGGCCCCCGCAUGAUGGGGCCCCGAGGAGGAGGGAGAGGAGGAGAGAACGGAAACUACUGGGGAGACGACUCCAUGAGGGGGGGCCCUCACCGAGGGGGGCAUUUCCCCCGAGGAGGGAGGGGUCGGGGAGGAGACAUGGGUUUCCGAGGCAGGGGACGGGGAGGACCCAGGGGGGGACACAACAACAUGAACGACAUGUCCAAGAGGCCCAUCUGUCGUCACUUCAUGAUGAAGGGCAGCUGCAGGUACGAGAGCAACUGUGCUUUCUACCACCCCGGCGUCAACGGCCCCCCGCUACCGCCUAACCACCCUGCCAACCAGCACGGCCACUAGGGGGCAGCGCCGCUCCUCCUCAGCCGGUGAAUCCAGAGGAAACCAGGAGCUCCACCCAACAACCAGACUCUGUUUUACUUUUUGAACUGUGAGACUGAAACAUGCACAGACACCUGACCACUACGUUCCCGCAGCUGUUUGGACUGACCUACUGCCAUGGAAACCAACCACCGAUUAAUGCUUGAACACAACAUUGCUCUUAAUUUGAGUCUGGAGUUUGUGCCAAAUGGGAUCAUCUGGUUCUUUGGUUCAUUUCCUCCCAGCGUUACUUUUGCUCCCUGAUCAGAGUCCCAACAAGCAGAAUGCGCCGCUGACUCCUUCUUUCUCAAUCCAUGAGAUGUUCUUCCUAGUUUUCUUGGUUGCAGCUGAUUGGACUAGAUGCUAAUGACCCGAGCAGCGCGUAACACGGCGGAUUUCUGCAUAUCCGCGACUCUGGGGCUGCAGCAGCGUCUGUGAUGUGACAAUCAUGGCGUAACCGAUGUCGUUCCUCCUGUGAACCCAGGAAGGGUUUGUGCCGUCAGUGUUAGAGACUCUGUGUCCGUCUGUGGGUCACCGAUAAGACGUUUUCUGUGAAAACGGUACUUUUUCUUUUUUUUUGUCUCUUGUGGGACUUGAAUGUAUUGUUAAAUUUUGCUCCCUACGACCUUUUUUUGAUACAAAACUUUGAAAUCGUCUUUGUUGUCCGUACAAACUGUUGGUAUGAAUACAUACUUUUAUAUA